UAUCGCUUUCUUUAUACAGCAACGUCGGAACCAGCAUGUUACAGUGUGUCCCAUUACAUUUACUUUUCUUUUCGUGUUAUUACAGAUUUAACUGAUUAAUCAGGGGAACUAAAGCUGUAAUGAUGGGAGGCUACCUUGUGCUCACUUUGAUUGUUUUUCUUGUUGAUGGUCUGGUUGCUGACACAUCUGGAUUGAACUUGCUGUCAGUGAUGGAGGGACACAAUGUGACUCUAAGCACAGGAGUUACCAAACAACAACGUGACAAGAUGCUGUGGUAUUUCAACAAUACUCUGAUAGCUCUGAUCAAUGGAGAUCCCAGUAAGAGUUGUCUGUAUUAUGGUGAAGGAGGGAUAUUCAGAGACAGACUGAAGGUGGACUAUGAGACUGGAUCUCUGAUCAUCACAGAUAUCACAUCUCAACACGCUGGACGUUAUGAAGCAAAUUUCAUCCAAAGCAAGAGCACGGGAACCAGCCAAAGCUUGAAUCGAAACAGCAAGUGUGACGGCACAAAAAUCACCAGAAAAAUGAGCAACAUCGGCGAAAACAUAAAAACUUUAAGUGUGUCUGUCACUGCCUUUCUCUCUAGAACUGACAAACCCAACGUAGUAUCAUACAAUCGGGACAAGGAACAAGAGCAUGAGAGCAGUCUGUCUUUAGGUCUUAUAGCUGGAAUAUGUGUUGGUGUGUUUCUGCUAGCUACAGCUGCUGUUCUUGGUGUGAUUUGCUAUCAUUGCAGGAGAUCUAGCAAGGAAAAUGUUGAGAAAAACAAGUCUGAGCAGCUGCUGAAAGUCCCAUUGUGAGAACGACAAAGGUCGAGCGAUUUGACAACAUUGUAACAAGAACUGGGCCCCCUCAGACUCAAAUAUAAGGAGAGCAAUUUAGUGUGGAAGAACAGUGAACCAAAUCUUGUAAAAUGGUUAUUAAAAGUACAAAUGAAUAUUUACUAUUUACUAUUAAAUUUGAAUGUUCCUGGAGUGGCUGUUUGAGUGUUUCUGCAACCACGAGGUGGAGGCAGUCGCUGUAAUACCUACCGAAAUGGAAAUGUUUUUUUUUAUUUGUUCUUGUAUCUAUUUACAAAUAAUCUGACUGUAACACUGUCCUAUAAUUUUCAUAACAUAUGGUGUUUUGUAAAAUGAUCUUUCACAUACAAACACACAACUCUAAAUAUGACUGCUAAAAUCAUGCAGAGAUGCAUAACAUAAAUUAUUAAUUAACUUAAUUUCUGUACAUUUCUUUUAUAGAACGUUGUUUCAGCGAAAGUGAUCCCUUCUGUAUAAGUCUCAGCUGUUUAAACCAACAUGACAGAAGAAUUAAAAUACUAAAACUC